ACCGCGGCGGCCAACCGGGACUGACAGGGAGAACCAUGGCCGGCUUGGUGGACUUCCAGGAUGAGGAGCAGGUGAAAUCCUUUCUGGAGAACAUGGAAGUGGAGUGCAACUACCAGUGCUACCGCGAGAAGGACCCGGACGGCUGCUACCGGCUGGUGGACUAUUUGGAAGGGAUCCGGAAGGACUUCCAUGAGGCUGCCAAGGUAUUGAAGUUCAACUGUGAAGAAUACAAGCACAGCGACAGCUGUUACAAACUGGGGUCCUAUUAUGUGACUGGAAAAGGUGGACUGAGCCAGGACCUGAAGGCAGCUUCCAGCUGCUUCCUGAUGGCCUGCGAGAAGCCUGGAAAGAAGUCCGUGGAAGCAUGUCACAACGUUGGUCUCCUGGCACAUGACGGACAGGUUAACGAGGAUGGCCAGCCCGACCUGGGCAAGGCCAGGGACUACUACACAAAGGCCUGUGACAGUGGCUAUGCCUCCAGCUGCUUCAACCUCAGUGCCAUGUUUUUGCAGGGCGCGCCCAACUUCCCCAAGGACAUGGGCCUGGCAUGCCAAUACUCACUGAAAGCCUGUGAGCUAGGCCACAUCUGGGCCUGUGCCAAUGCCAGUCGCAUGUACAAGCUGGGGGAUGGUGUCGAUAAAGAUGAGGCCAAGGCCGAGCUGCUCAAAAACCGGGCCCGGCAGCUGCACAAGGAACAGCAGAAAAGCGUGCAGCCCCUAACAUUAGGGUGACUUGGCUCACUCUCACUCUGGGCAAACAGAGAUUGAGGCUGGCACUUCCUCUUUCUGAGACCUGUCACAGCAGCCCUUGAAGGUCACAGAAUGGAGCAGGAAGAACUUGGGACUUGAUAUCAAUAGCUCCGUUUACUUAAAUCCAUUGCCCCAACAGCCUGCAAUGUUUAUUUCAGUCACUAUUGCUUUAACUAUGAAGACCCACCUGAGUUUA